UGCACAUGGCGGCUCACGAACGUCACCUCAGACACGUCAAAGCAUCUCUGAAGCAAAACAAACAAUAAAUGUAUGUUUUAUGACCUCUUUACAACAUAACUGAUGGAAAUGGACGGGAGUUUAAAGAAGAAUGAAAAUGCUGAAGAGUCAAAUAUGUCUUGGAUAACUGAUUUGGCUGGUCGAGCUGAACACCUCCUUAAUAAAUUAGACACCGAAGCAGCCACAGUUCUUAACAAAGAGAGAAGAAACUCGGCCACCACUAAACCAUCUUUCAAGUAUGAUGCUGCCAGAACCACUCCUCCUCCUACUAAUUAUGAAAGAUCAGGAUUACACAGCUCAUCAAGUGUGCCAUCUAACUUGAGUAGUUAUGGAAUCAGUGGGAAUUCUACAUUUGCACCAGGAACAAACCUCCAGGCAGAACAAGGGAACUCCCUUAAUUCUUCUCCAAAAGCAACCAUUAGAAAGAGUAGAUCCAAGAGAAAAGACGUUAGCAAAGAUGAAGGACUGAUGGAUUUUCUAAACAGCCCCACACAGCAGGAGAAUCAGCAGCAUUCAGCCACUAGUACCCAUCAAGUUGAUUCUAUGGUAACUUCAGUCACCAUGACCACCUCUAGUAUCAGUAGCAUGGGACAUUCUCGGCAGUCUUCCGUGUCAUCAGCAUCUUCUUUAGUGGCCCUCAGUGGACGUGAAACACCAGGAUCUGCCACUAUUGACAUUGAGAGUGGCAGCUGUGGUUCAGGUAGUGGAGGAUCAGCCAACACAGAUGCAUAUGUAACAGUAGACACUCCCACUGAUGUUAAUAUCUCAGCCCCACCCAGCACAGAUGGAAGCACCAGUAGUAAUGGCAUUAUGACUGGCUCUGUAGAUAGUGAGACCAGCCUGUUGCGGAAAGAGGUCACAAGUCUCAACCAAGAGAUGAGUCAGGUUCUACGGCGAGCCAAGGAAGCUGAAAGAGAGGCAAACCAUCUAAGGACACAAGUGUCAGGAAUGUUGAGUCAACAGUCAACUACUGAUAGAUUAUUACGUGAAGCGCAGCACCGAGAAAUGGAUUUUCAGGAAACAGUGCGAGCUAAGGACAGCCAACUUGCAAUUCUGCGAGUGCGAUUGCAAGAAGCAGAUCAGAACACAGCAGCAAAAGUUGCUACCUUGCAACAACUACAAGUUGAAAAUAAAAGAUUAUUAGAUGGUGCACAUGAAAGCAGUGGACUACACAACCAUGCACUGCAGUCCCUUCAAGAUCGUCUGGUAGAGACACAAAAUACUCUGGAUCGUGAGAGACAACAACACGUAUCAAAUUGCAGUGAACUUUCUAAGAGAAUAAAUCAUUUAGAAGAAGAACAACAGGAAGUAGCAAAAGCACUCUUUGAAGCACAACGUAAACUAGAAGAUGAAAAAAGUAGAUCAAAUCAACUCUCACUGCAGAUAAGUUCUUUGCGUGGUGAACUGGCAUCUUCAAGAGAAGAACUAACAGAAUACAAAGCUAAGGCAAGUAGAAUCCUUCAGAGUAAAGAAAAGUUGAUAGCAUCUCUUAAAGAGGAUCGAAGCAGGGGUGGCAAAGGAGUCAGUGGAGGGGAGACUGUGCUCAAUCUUCAUGAGGCAGAGUUACACCAGAUCAGGGCUGAACGAGACUUGUUAAGGGAAGAGUUGGAGAGUGCAGGAGUACACAUUAGACAAAUGAUGGCAGAAAUGUCUGAUAUGGAAAGUACUUCUCAAGACCAAGCUGCACUUGCUGCUCAGAAUACCACAACACUAGAAGAGUCCUUAACAGAGGAGCGAAAAAGGAAGGUGGAAGUAGAAUCUGAACUAAGGCAGAUACAGGAAGAGUUACGUUGUGCCCAUGAGGAACUGACAAGACAAAAAGUUCAUCUUUCAAUGCGGUUACAAGAACGUGAUACUGAAAUAGAUAGACUCAGAAAACAGGUUGCCCACAAGCAGAGUUCAUCGAGCAGCCACUUAGAAUUAGAACAACGUGUUCAUGGACUGACAGAAUCUCUCAUUCAUAAGCAAAACACUAUAGAAACUCUAAGCACUGAAAAACACUCAUUGAUCAUCCAGAUGGAGCGGCUUCAACAACAGUAUCAGGAAUCCCAGAAGAUGCUCAAUAGAGAUCCUCCAGCAAUGUUCCGGCAAGAUGAUGUGAGAAAUCGCGUGCCAAGUUUUCUGGUAGAGUCUCCAUUUGACGGAGGUGUAGCACGCCAGGUCAAGCGUGCUUACUCUACCUUGGAUAAGUUUUCCGUCAGAUUAGGAGUAUUCUUAAGACGCUAUCCAAUAGCUCGAGUAUUUGUUAUUGUAUACAUGUGCCUUUUGCAUGUUUGGGUGAUGAUUGUGCUUCUCACCUACACACCAGAAAUACAUGGACCAGAUUAUCAUCAUCAUCCAGUAAACACUGUGCCCCUCUCACAGUGAGUCUUGUCAUACACUCUAGUACAUAUUCCUCUUUUAAUUUAUUCACAAUCAUAUUUUGGCAAACUAGUCCAAAAAUAGCACCCCUUCCUCCCUAAAGAACUGCUCAUUUGUGAUCUAUUUGUUAUAAAUUCUCAUAUGAUAGUCAUCUUUAUCACUCAUUGUCAAAAAAUUUUGUCAUUUUUUUCUUUCAGUUUUCCAGUUUGUAUUAUUUUCUCCUUUAUCCCAACAUCAUAGGAUUAAUGAUUAAUUAAAAUAUCUUCAUGUUAGAAUUUCAUUUAGAAUGAAAUUAUAUUUACAUUACUCUUACACCAUCAUGUUGAUGAGUAGUAACAUUGUUACCUUUUCACUUUCAUGAUUUUUUCGUAUAAAAUUUCAUUUAUGAACAUUAGUUAUAUAUUAUAUUUCUAAAAGGCAUUUUAUGUUUUAAAAUAUUAGCUAGAUAUGUAUAAGUAACAAUUACAGGCACAACACUGAUUUUCCAGCACCUUUGGUUCCAAGGCUUUGCUGGACCAAAAACAAGUUUUUUUUUUUUUUUUUUUUUUUUUUUUUUUCUCUCAACAAGUCGGCUGUCUCCCACCAAGGCAGGGUGACCCAAAAAAGAAAGAAAAUCCCCAAAAAGAAAAUACUUUCAUCAUCAUUCAACACUUUCACCACACUCACACAUUAUCACUGUUUUUGCAGAGGUGCUCAGAAUACAACAGUUUAGAAGCAUACACAUAUGAAGAUACACAACAUAUCCCUCCAAACUGCCAAUAUCCCAAACCCCUCCUUUAAAGUGCAGGCAUUGUACUUCCCAUUUCCAGGACUCAAGUCCGACUAUAUGAAAAUAACAGGUUUCCCUGAAUCCCUUCACUAAAUAUUACCCUGCUCACACUCCAACAGAUCGUCAGGUCCCAAGUACCAUUCGUCUCCAUUCACUCCUAUCUAACACGCUCAUGCACGCUUGCUGGAAGUCCAAGCCCCUUGCCCACAAAACCUCCUUUACCCCCUCUCUCCAACCCUUUCGAGGACGACCCCUACCCCGCCUUCCUUCCCCUAUAGAUUUAUAUGCUUUCCAUGUCAUUCUACUUUGAUCCAUUCUUUCUAAAUGACCAAACCACCUCAACAACCCCUCUUCUGCUCUCUGACUAAUACUUUUAUUAACUCCACACCUUUUCCUAAUUUCCAUAUAAUAAUAAUUAAACAAUACACGUCUGACCCACCAUGGUUUGCUGGAAACUUAAACAUAAUGAAAAAGGGCUAUUUGUUGCCAGUAAAUUGGUAUUGUACCUGUAUUAAUUUUGCUUGUUUAAUUGUUACGAACCUAUUAUAGAUUUUUUUUUUUUUUUUUUUUUAAUACACUGGCCUUCUCACACCAAGGUAGGGUGAUCCAAAAAAGAAGGAACAAAGGUGUUUCUUCUUUUUACUUUGCAUUUAGUAAUUUAUACAGAAGAGGUUACCAGCCCCUUGUUAUUGGCAUUUUAGCCACUUCUUACAACAUGCAUGGCCUACAGAAGAAAGAUUCUUCUCCACUUCCCCAUGUAGUAAUACAGAUUUGCCUUAAAUAAAUUUAUCUUGGUUUUUACAUUUCUUAUUAAAGUGAUAUUGAGUUCAUAUUAACACUAUUUUGGUAUUAUAUUCCUGAGCACUUUGCAUUGCAUAUGUAUAUUAAAUACAUUGCUGUUAUGCACAAAUCUCAUGAAUUGAAUAAAUUUGUCUUUUGUUUUUAAAUAAGGCACUAUUGGUACAUUUUGCUAAAAUAUGAUUUCUAAGAAACAGUGAGGGAUUGCUAUGAAAAUUUUACAGGUACAGUAGAGCCCCACUUAUACAGACAAUUAGGUUCCAGGCUACUGCUGGAAAGCAGAACGCCAUUUUUUCACUUAUAAAUGCAUAUAAUUGCCAGAUAACAAGUUUACACUAACAUAUAUUUAGCUAGCAGUAGAACUAGUCAUUAUUUUUACCUAGCUAAUCUUUUCCAAAAUUUAUGUAAUUUGCAAAAUUUGAAGAGAAUAUUCAUUGUGUUACAGAUUAUUAUUUUUAUUAGAGUACACUAAACCUGUAAGAAUCAUACAGGUCUCCUGGGUAUUGGAAGGCAAUCAGAUUUGAUUCAAGAAAGGGGAGAUCAUGUCCACUUCCUAGCAUCAAGGAACCUCUCUUCAAGGGUCAAGAACAAGACUUGAUUCAAGUUAUUCCCCUUCAGUAGGGGUGCUUUGAUGCCACUCAAGACUUUUGCUCCAAGAAAUUAGAGAUCCCCUCCAAUUCCUUGGAUUGCAUCUGAUUGCUUUCCAUUUCCUGAGAGUUUAGCACUCUUUCAUGAAUGAUAUAAUGAAAAUAAUUUUUAAUUAUUAACCCUGAGUGUUAAACACACAUUAUUAACCUCGGUGGGAGACAACCAGUGUGUUAAAAAACUUAAUCCUAAUUACAGUACACUGUAAUUCGCAUUUCCAUACCAUUAACAAUGAUUCCUUACUCUAGUAGUAUUUCUACAAUUGUUGAACAUGUUGAUGAUUGAUAAAGUGUGAAUAAGUCUGUGAAAGAUGAGGCGAGUCAUAGAAUUGACAAGGGGAAAAAGGUGAGUGUUGCACAGAGGAGUCUGUGGAGACAAAGAACUUAUCCAUGAGAGCAAAGAGGAGAAUGUAUAAGAGUAUAGUUAUACCAACGGUCUUGUAUGGGUGCGAGGCAUGGGUGGUGAAUGUUGCAACAAGGAGAAGACUGGAGGCAGUGGAGAUAUCAUGUCUGAGGGUAAUGUGUGGUGUGAAUAUAAUGCAGAGAAUCUGUAGUUUGGAGAUUAGGAGGAGGUGCGGGAUUACCAAAACUAUUAUCCAGAGGGCUGAGGAGGGGUUAUUGAGAUGGUUUGGACAUGUAGAGAGGAUGGAACAAAAUAGAAUGACUUAGAGAGUAUAAAUCUGUAGUGGAGGGAAGGCGAGGUAGGGGUUGGCCUAGGAAAGGUUGGAGGGAGGGAAUAAAGGAGGUUUUGUGUGCAAAGGGCUUGGACUUCCAGCAAGCACGUGUGAACAUGUUAGGAGCGAACGGAGACAAGUGGUUUUUAGGACUUGACAUACUGUUGAAGUGUGAGCAAGGUAACAUUUAUGAAGGGAUUCAGGGAAACUUGCAGGCUGGACUUGAGUCCUGGAUAUGGGAAGUACAGUGCCGGCACUAUGAAGGAGGGUUGUUAAUGCUGCAGUCUUAAAACUGUAUUGUAAGCAUGCCUCUGGCACAUCAGUGAUGGAGUGAAUGAUGAUGGAAGUUUUUCUUUUUCAUGCCACCCUGCCUUGGUGGGAAAUGAUCGAUGUGUUAAUAACAGAAAUAAAAAAGUGUUUAAGCAAGAAAGUUGUAUUGGAGGUACGUAUGCAUUCCCUGAGGCUGUUUGUCAUCACUCGCUACCCAAACACAUCAUGUUUUGUAGAGAUUAAUUCACAGCAUGCUAGGUAUGAAAGUAAUAUUUUUUAACUACUAAAAUGAAAGAUGUAUGGAUAAGUCUCCUGUCAGCUGCUGACCCUCUUAGUGUAUAUUAUCAUAUCGACAUAGCAGUAAUACUUUGAGAGAGGAAAUGGAGGCAUCCUAUUUCACUGCAGACAUGGCUUGGGUUCAUCAAAAACAUACAGUAGUACAGUACUUUCUUUUCCACUAUACAUGACACAAUCAGCUCCUCAUGCAUGUAUCAUACAGUAGUUGUACAGACAAUUCAAAUAUACAUUGAAGAUUUAGGUUUAGAGUAGAAAUCUGCCCCCCUUUCCCCACAACAUUCUGAGAACCCAUUCCACACUCGGUACCUCUCUCCACAUUUCCCACACAGCCUCGCUAACCAGUUUAGUAUUCCUUUCUUUUUGAUUAAUACUUUCUCAGUCAGUGCUGUAUGACCCUUGUGGGUUUAGUGCUUAGUUAUAAUUAUAAUAAUAAUUUCUCAUAUGCAUUCAUCUGUAGUAUAUGUUUGGUAUGGGUGUUAUGAGUAUCAUGAUAGCCCACCAUCUUUCAUGCCUCCACCCAGUGCAUUUCUACCUUUCACUCCAAAGGUUUACCACGUAUCGUGGUGACUCUUCCUUUAGUUUUUGUCAGUUCAGUUUCAUUAGUUGAAUUAUAAUUUUUGUUUUUUUACCAAAGGCAUUCAUUCUGUGUAUGCUCAUUUUAUGCAUGUAUUGAGAGCUAACAUUUGUUUGGUAAAGAUAGGUCAGGAACCUCCGAUUUAAUAGUUGAAAACCACAAGUGACUAGAUGUUCAUUGCUCACCGUCUCAAAGAGACAUGAGGUGGGAUGGCUGGCACAGCUGGCUGCCUCACUCACCUCCACACUACUGAUUGCAUUCACUCAGUUUUUCGUUUUAUCACCCUGUCUUGUCUGGAGAUAUUAACCAUGGCAUUGAAAACGAAUACUAGUAAUGUUGGUGGUGUUAUGAGGAAUAAGAGUGAUAUUCUGAGUGUUUUUAAAAAAAAAACAAGAAAACUGAAGAAAUAAAUUGCCCUAGGCAUUGCAUUAGCUAUGUCCAUUUUCUCUGGAAGGAGUACAUGCUCAUUUUCUGUGGAAUAUAUAGUAACUGUCAAACACACAAUUCCCUCAAGAGCUUUACUUAAAGUUUAUUAAUAAGUUUUUUCAUUCAGGUUUUAGGUACAAUAUGUACCCAAAACCUAAAUGGCAAAACCUGAUGGCACAUAUGCUAUGGACACAUUAACUUUGGAUAACCUAUUUAAGUCAUACAUUAUACACAUGCUUGAGGGUCUGAACAUCACUACAUCCAACUAGGCCUGGUAAGGUAACAUGAACCCUCUCCACUCAUUUCUAGGUCAACAAGAAACAACAACUACAAUGUAAAUUGUCAAUAGCAUUCUUAAUAUUGACGAUUUAAGAAUUGAAAAAACUUGCAUGGCUUUUUUCAAGGUGUCAGGGCACCCAAUCCAAUUUUUCAAAAGUUUUUCACACCACCCAACACAUCAUGUAUAGCUCCAUUUUUCUGAAACCUAAAUGACUUAAAAGGCGGUUGUCUACUGUAUUUAGUAAAAUUUGGUAAGGAAAUGUCUAUUAUAAUUAAGCCAACUUGAAAAUUUCAUAUUUUAUUUGUACAUUUUAAAUUAUAUUUUGUAUACAUAUGUGAGCACAAGAGCUGGUAUUUAUAGGACAACUAGAAUACAACAUUUCAAAUGGUAACUAAUGUACUGCUGAUGUCUGUGUGUGAUACACUGUAGUAUAUAUAUGUAUAUAUUUUACUGGCAUCCUGUACAGAUUUAAGUAUUGUUAGUUUGUUAUUAACUAUUGAGUAAUACAGUUGGUGUGUAUAGUACACUUAUGGUGUUAAUGUAAUAAUGUGAAUGCAGAGGUUCACCACAAACAGGGAAUUUUAAGAAAUAUUUUAAAGUGUAAAAUUAAUUAUUAUUGGUUAUACUCUUAUAAAAGAAUAAUUUUAUUAA